CUGCGAGGAGGACCAGACGACGCUCUGCUGGAUCUGUGACACUAGCCCUGAGCACCAGAGCCACCGCACUGAACCGCUGCAGGAGGCUGCCAGCCGCUACCAGAGGAUGCUCCAAGCAGCUUUGGAACUUGUGAGGAAGGAAAUGGAAGAGGCUCUGAUGCAGGAGACCAACGUGGGGAAGAAGACUGUCAUUUGGAAGGAGAAAGUGGAGAUGCAGAGACAGCGCUUCAGGUUGGAGUUUGAGAAACACCGGGGCUUUCUGGCCCAGGAGGAACAGCUGCAGCUGAGGCGGCUGGAAGAGGAGGAGCGAGCAACUCUGCAGAGACUACGUGACAGUAGGAACAGGCUGGUCCAACAGAACAAGGUCCUGAAGGAGCUAGCUGAAGAGCUGGAAGAGAGGAGCCAGCAGCCAGCUCUCGGGCUGUUGGAGGGAGUGAGAGGAGUCUUGACCAGAAGCAAUGCUGUCACACGGCUGGAACCAGAGACUGUCCCCUUGGAGCUGAAGACAGUGUGCCGCAUCCCUGGGAUGAGGGAGAUGCUGAAGAAAUUCCAAGGUGCAAUAGAGAUGGGCACAGCCAAUGACAGCACCUUCAGCCAUUUCAUCCUUCUAGGCUUCUCUGACCGGCCCCAGCUAGAGAGGGUCCUCUUUGCAGUCAUCCUGCCUGCCUACCUCCUGACCCUGCUAGGCAACAGCACCAUCAUCCUGGUAUCCAGGCUGGACCCGCACCUGCACACCCCCAUGUACUUCUUCCUCACUCACCUGUCCUUCCUGGACCUCAGCUUCACCAGCAGUUCCAUCCCACAGCUGCUCUACAACCUCAGCGGGCAGGACAAGACCAUCAGCUAUGUGGGCUGUGCCCUGCAGCUGGUCCUGUUUCUGGGCCUGGGGGGUGUGGAGUGCCUGCUGCUGGCUGUCAUGGCCUAUGACCGCUUUGUGGCUGUCUGCAAGCCCCUGCACUACAUGGUGGUUAUGAGCCCCAGACUCUGCCUGAUUUUAGUGUCUUUUGCUUGGGGCUGUGGUGUGGCCAACUCUUUGAUUAUGUCCCCAAUAACCCUGUGGCUACCUCGAUGUGGUUACCGAAGGGUGGAUCACUUCCUCUGCGAGAUGCCAGCCCUUAUCAGGAUGGCCUGCACCAACACAGCUCUCAUUGAAGGCAUUGCCUUCAUCCUGGCAAUAGGCAUUGUGCUGUCCCCUCUGGUGUUUAUCUUGGUUUCUUAUUUCUACAUCGUGAGGGCUGUGUUAAGUAUGCAGUCAUCCUCAGGAAGGCACAAAGUCUUCAACACCUGUGGCUCGCACCUCACCGUGGUUUCGCUUUUCUAUGGAAACAUCAUCUACAUGUACAUGCAGCCAGGAACGAGUUCCUCGAAAGACCAGGGCAAGUUCCUCACUCUCUUCUACAACAUGGUCACCCCUCUCCUCAACCCUCUGAUCUACACACUCAGGAACAAGGAGGUGAAGGGGGCGCUCAGGAGGCUGAUUUGGGGAAAUGUAGGUUUAAGAGAAAAAUUAUAAUCAAAGAACUUGGGAACUCCCAAGAUGUUAAAACCUUACUAAAUUUGGGAUCUUCAACCAGGUGCAAUACCCCUAGCGUCUGUCUGAAUUGAAGUAGAAUUCACUACAGACUUUUGGCCUGUUUUCUUAUGUGAGAAUUGUGAAGGAGCAUGAGCUCUAAUACUGUAAAACAGUAUGUAUUGAUGUCAGGCUUGCUGACCAUGCCUGACUCUCAAAUGCCAACAUGUACUGCCGAGGAAGCCUAGGAAUGAGGACCAUGUUCUUACAUCAGUCUGGGAGAGAGAAUGAGUAACUGACUGAGAGAAAUGGGAUUUCCUUAACACAGACUUUCGGAGUGUUUAGUCUUUAAUUCCCACCAUGUCCAUUCUGAGAUGCAUAAAUCCUGGCAAGUGACUGUCAACAUGGACAAGAAUUUCACCCAACCUUUAUUGUACUCUCCUGCAAGAUCUUUACUUAUCAUGAUGUGCCUGUAGUACUUUUACAACCCUUCUUCAUUCAGCAGCAUUAGGGAGGGACCUUCAUUUCUUUUUAAUUACAGUUACUUAUUUAUUGGGAAUGUACAUGCCGUGACUCAUGUGUGGAGGUCAGAAGACAACUUGAGUGGGAGCUGGCUCUUUCCUUCAAUCAGGUGGGUCCUGGGGACUGAUCUCAGAUCAUCACAAAUGGCCCCAAGCACUUUACUUGCUAAGUCAUCUCUCAGGCCCAUGGAGGGACCUCUCUCUGAUCUGGGAAGUGUUUCCAACGCAGGAUCAAACAGCUGAUUAAACCUGUAGUCACUGAAUCUGUGAAAUGGACCUGCUGCUUGUGUGUGCUAGUGACUAAGUGUCAAGGAUAAAGCUGCCAUUCAAUGAUACAUGGAAAAAAAGAGACAAGCAUGGGAUAGGGAAGGCUUGACAGGGACAUCCAGGGGACAGCUUUGAGGUGGCAUUUUAUCUGUGUGAUAAAAAGAAAGACCCUAGGCAUCUCUCCUGAACUAGGGAAGUUCAUGUUUCUUCAUGUCAGAGUGAGUGUGGAUGCUUUAAAAGUCAGGA